ACAGAGAGAAAGAGAGGCCAUGAGAGACAGAUAUAUACACAUCACGCUUGUAUAUAAAAAGAAGGCCAAGGAAUAGAGUUUCCUUCGUCCUUUGUAUUUUAUAUUUACUCUCUUUCCCUUCCUCUUCCUCUUAUCGCAAAAAGAAAAAGGACACCAGAGUUCAGAGAUCAUUCGUUAAUGGCGAGCAACGAAGUGCUUCCACAAAUUCCUGGACUGGAAAUGAAUGAGUUCUUCGAUACUUCACCACCGGAUUCUCAAGAACUACAUGUACUUGCCGUUGACGAUAGCCUCGUCGAUCGAAAGGUUAUCGAACGGUUGCUCAAGAUCUCUUCUUGUAAAGUUACUGCAGUAGAUAGUGGAACGAGAGCUCUUCAAUUUCUUGGGUUGGAUGGGGAGAAGAGCUCUGAGGGAUUCAGUGGUUUGAAGGUCAAUAUGAUAAUAACGGAUUACUGUAUGCCUGGAAUGAACGGAUAUGAGUUGCUGAAGAAAAUCAAGGGAUCUUCAACUUUCAGAGAGAUUCCAGUGGUGAUUAUGUCGUCCGAAAACGUCUUGCCACGAAUCGAUAGGUGUUUAGAGGAAGGAGCAGAGGAAUUUAUAGUGAAACCUGUAAAGCUAUCCGACGUGAAACGUUUGAAAGAUUAUCUAACAAGAGUGGGUGGUGGAGGUGAAGCAGACGCGAGAUGGAUCCAACAAAAUAACAAGAGAAAGUUGCAAGAAUCCACCACCACAGAUCUAUCAUCAUUAUCAUCAUCUUCUUCCUCAUCGUCACCGUCACCGUCACCGUCACCGUCACCAUCAUCGUCGCCGUCGUCGCCGGCCUCCUUGUCGAUGAUGUCAACACCAUCACCACCGUUGCCUGAAUCUCCUGAAUCUUCUUCAAGGCGACUUAAAACUAACCCCGAUUGUGAAUCAUGACUCUGCGGGGAACUUAUCAUCUUACCCAAUUUUUUUGGUUUCUUGGAGAAGAUUUUUGUGUUCUCUUUUUCCUUUUUUUUGUGGAUCAGACUUUUCUUGGUGUACAUCACAAGAUAAUUGAUACUGAUUUACUACCAUGUCUUCACAUGGUCUCUCCACUGCAAUUCAUGGCAGAUCAGGAGAUGAAAUGUCCAGAGAGAGAGAGGCUGUGAGAGUUUGGUUGUGUUGGUUUCAUGGUGGUUGGGUGAGUGAUUGAUGAAUCACAUUAACAGCAGAGCAUCACAGUUGUGAUGGGUUGUAAUUAAAUUAACCUGCAAAUGCAUCUACUACUACUACUUGAAUGAGCAAAUGAUUCUUCUUUCU